GGGUGGCUGCAAACCCGAAGCAUGGUAAAGUCACAGCUCAAUGACGUUGACUGCAUCAAACCAACGACAAAAAUAUGCGUCGGUUGGUGCCUCUGAAAGCUAUCAAGAUGGCGCAGCGCUCUAAGAAUAUCAAGGUCAUCGUCACAACGCAAAUAGCUCUCAAAAGCACGUACUCGUAUCAGCUCGAGCGUCGACGGAAAGCCGAUGCGACUGCAGAGCCCCGAAAAUGCACCGCACGACCUUGUGUACCUCAACGAUACGUUUGUCGCGCACCAGCUCUUGGACUCGGCGAAGCGAACGCACCUCAGUUUCGAUAUGGACAGCGACGACGAUGAAGACGACGAUGUCGAGGGUCGCACCACCACUGACAACCAAGAUCACAAAUUGGACGGCUGCAGCACCAAGCACACCGGCGAGGUGCCGCGCGUCGUACACCACCGUAAGCGGCGCCGCAUCAAGCACAACGGUGCUCACGCCAUCUUGUUUCCGCUUCGCACCUCUACGUUUGGCACGAAACUGUGUACUACAAAGACAACUGCAACAACAAAGCAACAAGGCCCCGUUGAGCCGCUCGUGCGCGAUGCUGCUACACAGAUGGAGUCGAUUGGCGAAGCGGCGUCACUGCUAUUGCGACAAGAAGAGAAUAUAGCCCCCAGCCGUCUCCAAGCCGCGCUUUCGUGGGCUGUGACGACGUUGCGGUGUUCUACAAUGACACACCGCGUGUCGAUAGCAGCGGUCGUAGCUACCCCCUUCCUCCUGCGAUGCAUCAAGGUCUCGCUCAACAGCAAAGCUUUUACGCGACGCUAAGAAAUCGAAUAACCGUCUUCGGGCACCCUCAUGCAAGAUUUUGCACAGUCA